AUGAGCCUCUCCUACGCUGCCCCAUGCUUCCACAAUUGUCUCCACAGCCAUCCUCACUUCUCCCCAUCUGGAACCACAGAGCUGUCCCAGACCCUCCCUCCCUCUGUCCAGAUCUUGUCAGCGCCCCCUUCUCACUGGGUCUCCACUGCCCUACCCCACCUCUAUCUAACCCAAAACCCCGUUAGCAGUCCUGCAACAGCAAAAAAAACCCAAAAAUCUCUUAGAGUAAUACAAGCUCAUGAUAAAAAUCCAAUUUCCAGUGUCUCUACAAAGCAAAAUAAAAGUAACCUUAGUUUUUAA